CAGGCAGCAAGCGCCUUCCCAGCCAUUACAGCGAGAGACGGAGUGAGGCUGAUUGUUAGCGUGCGGACCAAGUGCAAGGAAAGACUCUACAACAGCGCCUCGCUUUUAGGCUCCGAGAGGGCCAAAAUUCAGCAUUUUCUAAACGGGAAAGGGCCAAAAUGGUAAGGGGAGGUGAUCCUAAAAGACCUCGAGGCAAAAUGUCCUCGUAUGCCUUCUUUGUCCAAACUUGCCGUGAGGAGCACAAGAAAAAGCAUCCUGAUGCCACUGUCAACUUUUCUGAAUUUUCAAAGAAGUGUGCAGAAAGGUGGAAGUCCAUGACCGGCAAAGAGAAAACAAAAUUUGAAGAAAAGGCAAAAGAAGACAAACUUCGUUGGGAGAAGGAAAUGAAAAAUUACGUGCCACCAACAGGUGGCAAAAAAGCAAAGAGAAAGAAGGACCCUAAUGCACCAAAGAGGCCUCCAUCUGCUUUCUUUGUGUUCUGCUCUGACUGGCGUCCUAAAAUUAAAGAGGAAAAUCCUGGUUUAUCAAUUGGAGAAACAGCCAGGAAACUGGGAGAGCUUUGGAAUGCAACUUCUGCAAGUGAUAAGAUUCCAUAUGAAAAGAGGGCAGCCAAGCUGAAGGAAAGAUAUGAACAGGAUCUUGCAGCAUAUCGUGCUAAAGCAAAGACCGAUACUACUAAAAAGACUCCGGCUACCAAAGUUGAAAAGAAAAAGAAGGUAGUAGAGGAGGAAGAUGAUGAUGAGGAUGAAGAUGAUGAUGAGGAUGAAGAUGAGGAGGAAGAGGAAGAUGAUGAGGAUGAUGAUGAUUGAAUUAAUUUUGCUUCCAGCAACACUUAGCUAUAGAGCAUUUACCCCUGCCCUGUACACUGCUUCUUUUUAAAAAUAUAUAAGGCUAUGUAUAUGAGAAUUUGAUUUUAAACUGUACAGUUUAUUUUUGUUUUGUAUAGUUAACACACUAUGAAAGUGUCUUUGGGUGGCCCAUUGUCUCUGUUCUUAGUGGUGUUUUGUUUGACACUGACCAUGGCUGGUACAGUGAGGGGAUAUGAGUUGGCAUGGUGAGCAAUUUCAUGUUGGUUUCACGCACCAACUUGGUCUGGGGGAGGGGGCAUUAAUCUGCUAUUGAGUUAUUGUAACAUUCUUGGUGCAUCCAGCAUUGUGUUAGAAAUUGCCACUCUGUAAUUGCCAGAGGUUGCAGCUUCUUUUGUUUGACCUUUUGAAACGCUUAUAAAAUAAACUUUUUAUUAAUGCUC